AUGGGGUGUGAUUAUACGAGCAAUAUUCGCGGGAUUGGGCCGAAGAGUGCCUUGACCCUCAUUAAAAAAUAUGGUGACAUUGAACAUGUCCUCGAGAACAUUUCUAAGGGAAAGUACCAAGUCCCUCCCGAGUGGCUUCCCCGGAUCAAGGUACGCAAGCCGUCCUCCCUCCCUCCCUCUGCCCCUCCCUCGGUAUCGCCUGUGGAGGAGGGAGAUAAAGCCAUGCCCGGCGAUGAGAAUGCCUGCAAGACAGCAGAAGUGGAUUCGAAAGCGGGGAUGGAGGGAGAGAAGGAAGAAGGAAUAAAAGCGGCGGCGAUUGUGGCGCGAGAAGUUGCUCCCGAUGAGCCCGCGAAAUCCGUUGAGGGAGAAGUGAUGGAGGUAAAGGAAGAGGGAGAGGGG